GGGAGGCGGCCUCGGCGCACAGUAAUGGCAGCGCUGUGAGCCGGGGCACGCGAGCUGACAGCCGCCGCCGCCCACCCUCAGAGCCGGGGGCUUCGUCCUUCACGCCUGCGGGUUGCCUCCCUCCCCGGGCCCCUGCCCCUGCCCUCGCCCUGCUUCCGCAGAAGAUAGUGAAGAUUGAUAGCUUUGGGGAGGAGUAGUCUACGUGCAUGCUGCACCUCCUGCCUCAACACUCAUGGGCUGGUGAAAUAAGAGCCUCAGACUCUCUCCAGCACUUGUUUUUGUACUAGAGUCUAGACCCUUCCCUACCAUUACGAAAAACUGGGCAUGUGGUGUUGAGUACUUGAUAAGGCCUGAUCUGUGAAUGAAGCAGAAGAUUGCACUCCAUUAUUUUUGGCAUUAUCAAUUUAAUCCAGUGAUGGAUUGAUAUGCAAUGAUGGUCCCUUGGAGAUUAUAUUGCCCCGUGACAUCAUAGCCUUCUUAGUUUGUGUUUCAACACUAAGCUUGCACAAUGUCUUUAAAACCAAGAGUAGUGGAUUUUGAUGAGACAUGGAACAAACUUCUAACUACAGUCAAAGCUGUUGUUAUGUUGGAGUAUGUUGAGAGAGCAACGUGGAACGACAGAUUCUCAGAUAUAUACGCUCUAUGCGUAGCCUAUCCCGAACCACUUGGAGAAAGACUUUAUGCGGAAACAAAGACUUUUUUGGAAAAACACGUUGAGCAUUUGCACAGGAGAGUUCUGGAGUCUGAAGAACAAGUGCUUGUUAUGUAUCAUAGGUAUUGGGAAGAGUACAGCAAGGGUGCCGACUAUAUGGACUGCUUAUAUAGGUAUCUCAAUACCCAAUAUAUUAAAAAAAAUAAAUUGACAGAAGCCGAUUUACAAUAUGGCUACGGUGGAGUAGAUAUGAAUGAACCACUUAUGGAAAUAGGAGAGCUAGCAUUGGACAUGUGGAGGAAGCUCAUGAUUGAACCCCUUCAGGACAUCCUCAUCCGAAUGCUGCUCAGAGAAAUCAAAAAUGAUCGUGGUGGUGAAGACCCAAACCAGAAAGUAAUCCAUGGGGUUAUUAACUCCUUUGUUCAUGUUGAACAGUAUAAGAAAAAAUUUCCCUUAAAGUUUUAUCAGGGAAUCUUUGUGUCUCCCUUUCUGACUGAAACAGGAGAAUAUUACAAGCAAGAAGCUUCAAAUUUAUUACAAGAAUCAAAUUGCUCACAGUAUAUGGAAAAGGUUCUAGGUAGAUUAAAAGAUGAAGAAAUUAGAUGUCGAAAAUAUUUGCAUCCAAGUUCAUAUACUAAAGUGAUUCACGAGUGUCAGCAGCGUAUGGUAGCAGACCACUUACAGUUCUUACAUGCAGAGUGCCACAACAUCAUUCGGCAAGAAAGAAAGAAUGACAUGGCAAAUAUGUACGUCUUGCUCCGUGCUGUGUCCAGUGGCUUACCUCAUAUGAUUCAGGAGCUGCAAAAUCAUAUUCACGAUGAGGGCCUUAGAGCAACCAGUAACCUAACUCAGGAACACAUGCCAACACUAUUUGUGGAAUCAGUUUUGGAAGUACAUGGUAAAUUUGUCCAACUUAUCAACACUGUUUUGAAUGGUGAUCAGCAUUUUAUGAGUGCUUUAGAUAAGGCCCUUACAUCUGUUGUAAAUUACAGAGAACCCAAAUCUGUUUGCAAAGCACCUGAACUGCUUGCUAAGUACUGUGACAACUUGCUAAAGAAGUCAGCAAAGGGGAUGACUGAGAAUGAAGUGGAGGACAAACUCACCAGCUUCAUCACUGUUUUCAAAUACAUCGAUGACAAAGACGUUUUUCAGAAGUUCUAUGCAAGAAUGCUAGCAAAACGUCUAAUUCAUGGGUUGUCUAUGUCUAUGGAUUCUGAAGAAGCCAUGAUCAAUAAAUUAAAGCAAGCCUGUGGUUAUGAGUUUACUAGCAAGCUGCAUCGGAUGUACACAGAUAUGAGUGUCAGUGCUGAUCUCAACAAUAAGUUCAACAAUUUCAUCAGAAACCAAGACACAGUGAUAGAUUUGGGGAUUAGUUUCCAAAUAUAUGUCCUUCAGGCUGGUGCAUGGCCUCUCACUCAGGCUCCUUCGUCAACAUUUGCUAUUCCACAAGAGUUAGAAAAAAGUGUACAAAUGUUUGAAUUAUUUUAUAGCCAGCAUUUCAGUGGAAGGAAACUGACGUGGUUACAUUAUCUCUGUACAGGUGAAGUUAAAAUGAACUAUUUGGGAAAACCAUAUGUAGCUAUGGUUACAACCUACCAAAUGGCAGUUCUUCUUGCCUUUAACAACAGUGAAACUGUUAGCUAUAAAGAACUUCAAGACAGCACUCAGAUGAAUGAAAAGGAGCUGACCAAAACAAUCAAAUCAUUACUUGAUGUGAAAAUGAUUAACCAUGAUUCAGAAAAGGAAGAUAUUGAUGCAGAAUCUUCAUUUUCAUUAAAUAUGAGCUUCAGCAGUAAGAGAACAAAAUUUAAAAUUACUACGUCAAUGCAGAAGGAUACACCACAAGAACUGGAACAGACAAGAAGUGCUGUAGAUGAAGACCGGAAAAUGUAUCUCCAAGCUGCUAUCGUCCGCAUCAUGAAAGCACGCAAAGUGCUUCGGCACAAUGCCCUUAUUCAAGAGGUAAUAAGCCAGUCAAGAGCCAGGUUCAAUCCCAGUAUCAGCAUGAUUAAGAAGUGCAUAGAAGUUCUGAUAGACAAGCAGUACAUUGAGCGCAGCCAAGCAACUGCAGAUGAAUACAGUUACGUCGCGUGACACCGUCUCUGAUGUGGGUGUUGAGGUCAUUGCCAUCACCAUUUGGUGUGCUCCUGUGGGAAAAAGCAGGCCUGUGCCUCCAUACUUUGGUCAUUUGGCAGCCCCUGUUUUUCUGCUGUUUACAACAUCACCAGUGCCACGUCAUGAGCGUCAAAGAAAAUGCCUAGAGAUAUUUCAAGCUCAUGUCAUUAUGACAUUUCUUAAAACUUUAUUAAAAGAAUGAGUGAAGUAUUGCUGAAAUGUGGAAUUUGGUUGGGUACCAUGCUUUCUCCCCUUCACGUUUGCAGUUGAUGUGUUUUUUUUUUUUUUUUAAUGUAUCUUAAAGGACAUAAAAUAAAAACUUAAAUAUUGUAAUAUGACAGAUAACCUAAUAAUUGUAUCUACAUUAAAAUGACAAACAUGAUGUUGCUGCUUGUCAAAUAAAAAAAAUAAAGAAACAGAAUGCCUUUU